UCAGUGAGCUUUUGACGUUCGCGGUGAGCGGUUCGCUUGAAUACUUAAGCGGAAUUCAAUUGUUCAGCAGCGCAGAGUGACUGCAAAAUAGAGGGAAAAUCAAGUUUGAAUAAAUAAAAUUAAGUGUUUGACCGCGGCAGUGAUUUUUCAAGGGAACAUCGAGCCAAAAAUGAUACAGUUUCCUGAUCACCUGAGAACCCAAUUCUAAAGACGAGAUAAGACCGGCAGAAAGUGGAGCAAAAGUAAUAAAAUAUGUUAGCAAAGCCUACUUUUCUUUUGGGUUGACUCACGGAAUCCCGAAGAUAAAUAGUCGAAAUGAGUGGUAUCGUAAAAGUCGCGUGCUUGAAGUACAAACAACAUAGUAUGAUCGGGGAGAAUAUGAAGUACUCAUAAAUAUGGUGACGUAUGCCUAUGCUAAACUUACCCAAAACAUUUUCAAUGGCUAAAAGUGAGAUGUGUAGGUGAAGGUUUCUCCAUUCCCCGGGUUUUUCGCUUCGUGACGAAACCUCAACUAGAACGUUAUCUUUAUUGACACCCUAAAGAUUCUAAUUGCAUGUCUGCAAACUAUACGAUUCCAUUCCCGUUUGGCUGAUAAGUGCGUUGGUGAGAGAAACGGAUAAUUUUGCCAGAGAGCAUCUGGCCAUCAUAACUUCAUUACAGUGGAAAUUUGUGACACCCAGUCACACUUUUUUAUGCAAUAAAUUAAAGCAGUCGAAGUGUUUAGACAAAGAGCUGUCAGCGCCAUACAAAUGCGCCUCGGGUGCAAUUAAAUAAUUGAUUCUUGCCAAUAUAAAAUAAUAAAAACCCAUUUAGAACGUGUGGCGCUAUUGGGCUUUAUCGUAGCACCAAAACAACAAAGACCUCCCACCAAAAAAAAAAAGAAAACAAAAUAUCAAACAACGCGCUAUCGAGUUUUGUGGCGCGUACUUCGCGCUCUGUUUUGUUCGGUUUGUUUGGGCCAAGUUAGCGGGUAAUUGCAGUCUACACGUCACUUUUGACAUUUUUUAGUCAUGCGAAGUGGCAAGUUACUCGUGCACUUUUACUUUCCAUUGUUGCAACGAGAACAAUCGACAAAGCAGCUGCGCAUGCGCAACUCUCAAAAUGGCAAGGCACAAUCUAGAGUCAUCCAAAAGGUAAACAAGCCGGGGUUUCGGCGCAAAAGAGUCGAUGAGGCAAUACCCUAGCUAUUUCGGUUCCUAAUUUUAAUUUCGACUGUCUGGAAUUCCCGAGAUCUUAUCUGAUUCAGCAUUCUGUCCAAAAGUGCCUAGUUGUUCCUGUGACUCACAGAAUAUCCAUAUCAAUCGAACAUAAAAACUGUCUGUAAAUGCUUGUUAACUGGUUUCUGCGAUAACAAGGCCAAUGUCUUGGCUGGCAACUGGUUUUGAAUCAGGAAGAGGAUAGCACAAGUGGUUCGUUAAUUGUUUUCACUUUCAAAAUUGCAAAUCUAAAAAAAAUAGCGACUAAAUGCAGCUGCGUUAGAAGCCUUAUUGAGCAGUUAUGAUUUCAUCGAGCUUUGUUGCCAGAAAGAUUGGCAAGACCCGCGACAAACUCAGCCCGAGAAAUGCCAUAUUCCAUAUGAGGCAAUAAAUCAAUCUGAAAUCCGAGACACCGGGAAAGUGGCUGUCCCGCAUCGGUAACAAAUGAGCAAACAAGAUGCCCAAAGGUGGUGUUAUAAAUGGAGCCCAAAUGGCAAAAAGCUAAACGCUUGGAGACCUUUCCCUGUAACUGGAAACUGGUUUCGCCCUGCGGCUUGGCAUCCAAAUUGCCAACGUUUUGGCCCGGCCCGGCUGCAGUUACCAGUUCGAUGCAGUUUUGGCUGCAUCAAGGCGUCGACUGCAGCGCCACCUCUCCAUUGUUAUGCAAUGUGUAAUCGUCUAAGUCAGUGGGUCAGUGACUUGCCAGCUUGCCUCUGUCGUUGUCUUUGUCGUUGUCUUUGUCUUUGUCCCACUGAGCCGGUAAGCGAUCGUGAUUGGUGUCCGUUGUCCGUCAAUGGCCAUAAUUGGUGGCUUAAAACUUGACCACCGCUCGUAACCGGACGUAACCUUAAGUUGGGGCGCCUUAAGUUGAAGGUUAGUGUAACCACAUUUCUGAUUGAUUUGCAGCUGCAACAUGGAAACCACAAUCAAUAACAACAACAAUGACAACGGAUAUAUGAACCAGGCGUAUGUGGGUUCAUUGAAUGCCUCAACUAUCUCAAUACCAGGGGCAUACAAGCCCAAUGAGUCAUCCAAUGGCAAGAAGACGCUCUCUGAAGGAUCAGGCUCAGCUCCACCACCAGGACAUGGAGAUAGCCCGUCUGGAGUGGAGGCUGGUCAGCCGGGUAAAAAGCGAGAUAGUUGGAACAACGACAUCGAGUUCCUCAUGUCCUGCAUCGCACUGAGCGUGGGUCUGGGCAAUGUGUGGAGGUUUCCCUUUACCGCACUGGAGAACGGAGGAGGAGCGUUCGUGAUACCCUACCUGAUCGUCCUGAUUCUAGUGGGCAAGCCCGUGUACUACUUGGAAAUGCUGCUCGGCCAGUUCUCGAGUCGCGGCAGUGUGAAGGUCUACGACUUUUCACCCAUCAUGAGAGGCAUUGGAUAUGGACAAGUCCUGGCCACGGGCAUCGUUACCACCUACUACGCCACGUUAAUGGCGCUCACCCUACGCUACUUCGUGGACUCCUUCUACCCGACCUUGCCGUGGAGCUACUGCCGCGAGGAGUGGGGUACAGAAUGCCUGGACUCGGGACCGCAGGAGGCCAGCAGAGCCACCAGUUUGGCAGGGUCGGGAGUGCGAACCACCUCGGCGGAGUUCUAUUUCACGAACAUCAUUCUGCGCGAGAAGGCGAGCAUCGAUGAUGGCAUCGGAUAUCCCAGCUGGAGCCUGGCGCUGGCACUGGCUGUGGCCUGGAUCGUCAUCGCGGGGAUUAUGUUCAAGGGUGUGAAGAGUUCGGGCAAGGCCUCCUACUUCCUCGCCCUCUUUCCCUACGUGGUGAUGCUGGUGCUCCUGGUGCGGGCACUCACCUUGCCGGGCGCCUUCGACGGCGUGCUGUACUUCCUGCGGCCGCAAUGGCACAAGCUCCUGGAACCGCAGGUCUGGUACGCCGCCGUCACCCAGGUGUUCUUCUCACUGGCCAUCUGCUUCGGGAACAUCAUCAUGUACGCCUCGUACAACCGCUUCGGCCACAACAUUUACAGGGAUGCCAAUAUCGUGACCACGCUGGACACCUUCACCUCCCUACUGUCCGGUGUGAUUAUCUUCGGGAUUCUGGGCAACCUGGCGUACGAGAACAACACCACCGACAUCGCUAGUGUGGUCAAUGGAGGUCCGGGCCUGGCUUUCAUAUCUUACCCGGACGCCAUUGCCAAGUUUAAGUGGCUGCCGCAGCUAUUCUCCGUGCUGUUCUUCCUCAUGCUCUUCGUCCUGGGCAUCGGCAGCAAUGUGGGCAUGGCCUCCUGCAUGUCCACCGUGAUCAAGGAUCAGUUCGGACACCUGAAGAACUGGACUGUGGUGGUUGGUAUAGCCAUUGUAGGCUACUUUCUGGGCCUUCUGUACAUCACACCCGGUGGCCAGUUCCUGCUCAACCUGGUCGACUACUUUGGCGUCACGUUCGUGGCCCUGGUGCUGGCCAUCUUCGAGCUGGUGACCAUUGCCUGGAUCUACGGUGUGAAGCGACUCUGCCGUGACGUGGAGUUCAUGAUUGGCAUCAAGACUUCGCUGUACUAUCGCAUCUGCUGGGCGGUCGUCACUCCUCUGCUAAUGCUCACCAUUCUCAUCUACACCUUGGUUCUGUACGAGCCCCUCAAGUACAAGGAUUACACCUACCAAUCGGGUGUUUACGUUUUCGGUUGGUGCCUCAGUGCCUUUGGCGUGGGUCAGGUGCUCUUCUGGGCCAUUCCCGCCGUGCGGAAGCAGCCCUCGCACUUGGGUCUCUGGGCCCGCAUCCGCAAAGCCUUUGAGCCACUGCCCAACUGGGGACCCAGCGACCCGCAGACCCUCAAGCGGUACCAACUGUUCGUUCAGGAGGGCAACGCCAACGCCCUCUUCCGGCGCAGCAGUAUCUGGCACAAAAUCUAUGACAAUAUCUUCGGUUAGCAUUGAAUUAGCAAUAAAACUAUAUACCAUUU